GCCGGCCCCGGGAACCGAACGCGGUCCGGGAGCGCCCCCGGCCCCGCCGCCCAUGCCCGGCAGCCCCGCCGCGGCCCCGCCAGAUGGAGCCGGCCCCUCCUCCCCCCGGGAGCCGGAACCCUCUGCGGGCACCCCCGUGGCCGCCUUGACCCCAUCGCACCCUCCGGAGGAGGAGCCGGAGGAAGAGGAGGACGAAGAUUUCCAGUUCCUGCUGUGCGAGGGCUGCGGGCAGGACUCGCCGCACCCGCGGCUGCUGCGCUGCCUGCACACGCUGUGCCCCGGCUGCCUGGGCAGCGCCAAGCCGGCGGGGCAGUGCCCGCUGUGCCACGCACCCGUGCCCGCGGCCAUCGACAACCUGCUGGUCAGCAACCUGCAGAGCCGCCUGAAGGUGUGGAGGCAGAUCCGGAGCUCCGGCGGUGCCAGCUGCAGCCGCUGCCGGGUGGAGCGGGCGCUGGUGUGGUGCUCGGACUGCGAGGAGUUCUUCUGUGCCCGCUGCCUCGAGGAGCACCAGUGGUGGCACAAGAAGAAGGAGCACAGGGUGAGGAAGGUGGAGGAGAUGCGGGCGGGCUCGGCGCGGGCGUUCCUGGAGGACACCAGGAGCUCCUGCAGCCUCUUCUGCACCAGCUCCAGCCACCCCGAGGAGAGCCGCGUGUGCAGCAUCUACUGCCCGCGCUGCGAGCGGGCUCUGUGCUGUCCGUGCGCGCUGCUGGACACUCGCCACGCGCCCUUCCGCGACCUGCGCGCCGAGAGCCGCCGGCGCCAGGACGAGCUGCGCUCGCUGCGCCGGGACCUGCGGCGGCUCCGCGACACCUUCGAGGCGGCUCUGCUGAGGCUGCGGAGCGAAUCGUCCUGGCAGGAGGAGCAGCGGGAGCGGCUGCGGUGCUGCGUCCAGGCCAGCGCCGAGCGGCUGCAGCAGCUGGUGCGCAGCGAGGCGGAGGAGCUGCGGGCGCUGCUGGAGGCGCGGCCGGAGAGCGGCCGCAGCGAGCUGGCGGAGGAGCUGCGGAGCGUGGAGGGGACGCUGCAGCGGCUGGAGGCGGCCGAGACGGUGGUGGACAGGCUGAGCCGCUACGGCGGCGAGCAGGAGCUGAUGGACAUGCAGCCCUUCGUCAAGGGCGCGCUGCUGGAGCUGCAGCGGCUGCGGCCGCCCGAGCCCGCCGAGGUGAGGGAGCCGCAGGACUUCGCCGAGUGCCGGGCGCGGCUGCGGGCGCUGGUGGAGCGCGUCACGGGGCGCCCAGGCACCGACGUCCCCGAGGUCAAGGUGGCCCUGGAGAACAACUCGGGAGAGGAUCCAAUCCAUCCCAAAACCCAGAGCACCUCCCCCAUCCCCGAGGAGAUCCAUACGGACCAGCCUCUCCCUCUCUCCUGCUGGACCAAGCGGCCGCUUCCCUACGUGGAGAGGGGCAGCCAGAUCUCUCCCAAAAUCCUGAAGCUGGAAUGUGACCACGUGCCGGGCCCCAGCCAUCUCGAAUUCCACUGGGAAUUCCAGAGGGAGCCCCACGCCUCCACGUCGCGGCACAACUGCAGCCGUGCCGAGGACACAGGAUUUCCCUUGCAGGGAUCAGCAGCAUCAUCAUCUGCAGCUCGGACGACAGCGACGAGGACACCGUGGCGGUGACGGUGGCACCGGGGUCACCGCCCUGCUGAUUCCCACAUCCCGGAAUUCCCAUCCAGAGCUCAAGGCCAAGCCUGCCCCAUUCCCAGAGAUCCACUUGGAAUUCCCUCCUCUUCUUCCCAAAUUUCCUCCUGGACCGGCCAUUCCGGAACGGCCCCAAAUCCCACCGGGAUCCGCUCGGAGCUGGGAUCCCCCCCACCCUUUGAGGCUUCCGGUGUUCCCGGGAAUGCGGCUCUCCUCUUUGAUCCCAAAAUGGAAUUUGGGAUGGAAUGUGCCGGCGGAUCCUGUUCCGGAGCCUCCUCCACAGGGGACAUUUCCCCUUUGGAUCAAACUGGGGAGAUGAUCCCGAGCGAUCCCAUCAGCACCGGGAGCGAGGAAUUCCUUCGGGAACCAGCAUGGCUGCUUUGGGGUUGGGAUCGGGAUCGGUUUUCCGGCGGAACGAGGGAUUCAAAUCCCGGGUUUUUUUUUUUAAUGCGGAAUCUCCCCUCAAUAAAUGCAUUCCCAGAGAAAA